AUGGUCAGGAUUGUUUCUGAUUUCAUCCUCCACUCUCCUCCUGGAGAAUUCAAUGAAGUUUUUAAUGAUGUUCGGAUACUCCUCAACAAUGAUGCCUUGCUAAAAGAAGGUGCCUCAUCGGCCGUAGCAGAAUACAAUCGAGAUCAGUUGAUCCCAGUCAAGGUGGAGGAUUCAGAUCGGGAUGCCCUAAUUACAGAACACAAUGACCUUGGUGGUGGAAGGUUCUUUGAUCCCCGGUCCAAGCAGAGCUUCCGCUAUGAUCAUCUUCGCAAAGAAGCCUCUGAAUUCCAGAAUUGGAGUCCUGAUCCAAAAGUGGAGAGUUGGAGAUCUUCUCUUGAAGAGCAAUUCACAGCUUAUGUCCAGGACCAUUACAAAAAUGGUGUCUGUAGUGUUUUUGGGAAAAGUCAGGGACCAUUGCUUUCUCUCACUGCAUGCAUAGAGGAUCAUCAAUUCCAGCCCAAGAAUUACUGGAAUGGUAGAUGGCGAUCAGUCUGGACUGUAAGCUUCACUCCUGGCUCUGGAAAUGACGCCGUGGAACUUGUGGGGCUCGUGCGUGUGCAAGUCCACUACUACGAGGAUGGGAACGUCCAGCUUGUCUCCUCCAAAGAAAUCAAAGACAGCCUUGUUGUUUCUAAUGAGACCCAGACUGCAAGGGAGUUUGUGAAGCUGGUGGAAGAUGCAGAGAACGAGUAUCAGACGGGGAUCUCGGAGAACUACCAGACCAUGUCGGAGACGACGUUCAAGGCCCUCCGACGUCAGCUUCCUGUCACCCGCACCAAAAUAGACUGGAACAAGAUCGUCUCGUACAGCAUCGGCAAAGAGCUCAAGAGGGCUGCAUUUGCUUCUUACAAAAUGGGCCUCUUUGAUUUUAUGACGUCCAAGAAGUCAGACAAAGCAAGCAGGAAAUCUAAACCACCUGAUGAUGGGAUACCUUCUCGUCCAACACUCGAACCACCUCGAGAAUAUGAAUUGCCUUCCAAAGUGCCUUAUCUUUUGAUUGGUGGUGGCACUGCUUCUUUUGCAGCAUUUCGAGCCAUCAAGUCAAAUGAUGCUAAGGCAAAAGUCUUGGUGGUGUCUGAGGAGACUGAAUAUCCUUACAUGAGACCACCUUUGUCCAAGGAACUUUGGUAUAGUGAUGAUCUUGACGUAGGGAAACACUUGCGAUUCAAGCAAUGGAAUGGAAAGGAGAGAAGUGUCUUCUUUGAGCAGCCAGAAUUCUUUUGUCGAGCAGAGGAACUGAUGUCUAAAGAUAAUGGAGGUGUUGCUCUUGCCAGAGGAUUGAAAGUUGUGAAGCUUGACGUUCACAAGCGCAAAGCAUAUCUGAGUAAUGGAGUUGAAAUUGAGUAUGACAAAUGUCUCAUUGCUACUGGCGGUACUCCCAAAGUUCUAAAGCCUUUUGCGGUAGCACCUGAUGAUGUCAAGAGACGAUUCAUGACCUUCCGCAAUGUGGCAGACUUCAGGUACCUAGAUGCUGUGAUGAAGAAAGUCAAAUCAUUGACCAUCAUAGGUGGUGGAUUCCUGGGGUCUGAGCUGGCCUGUGCUCUUGGGAAGAAAGGGGAGAAGACUAAGGUUCAGGUAACACAAAUCUUCCCAGAAAAGGGAAACAUGGGAAAAGUAUUACCAGAGUAUCUCUGUGAAUGGGCUACCAAAAAGGUAUCUGCAGAGGGAGUGACUGUCAUGCCCAAUAUUUCUGUUGAGAGUGCAAAAAUGGAGAAGAAGAAAGUUGUUCUGAAGCUGAGUGAUGGUUCAGAACACCAAACUGAUUUUGUGAUCAUUGCAGUCGGUUUGGAGCCAAACACAGAAUUGGCAGCAACAUCAGGUCUUGAAAUAGAUGAAAGUCAUGGUGGCUAUAGAGUCAAUGCCGAACUUGAGGCACGUUCCAACUUGUGGGUGGCAGGGGAUGCUUCAUGCUUCUAUGACAUCAAGCUUGGCAGACGAAGAGUGGAGCACCACGACCACGCAGUUGUAUCUGGUCGUCUUGUGGGUGAAAACAUGACAGGAGCCCAUAAGCCAUAUUGGCAUCAGUCUAUGUUCUGGUCAGAUCUUGGCCCAGAGGUUGGAUAUGAGGCCAUAGGCAUUGUUGAUUCAUCCCUUCCAACUGUUGGGAUCUUUGCAAAGUCCACUUCCCAGGACUCUCCAAAGGCUUCAGCUGUUGAAGCAAACAUGGGCUCCACUGCAGCCGACAAGGUACUUGAGGGAAUUCAGACUGACCUCAAGAACCUGUCCCUGGAAACAAAGCGGAAGUAUUCCCACAUUCGAGAGGGGUCAGAGGAAGCAGUGGUGACACUUAGGAAUUGGGCACUGGGGAAGAGUCCCCUACCAAGUAUUGCCAGCCAGCUCCUAUACCCUCUUGUGCAAGGAUGCGAGACAAAGGACCCAAAAGUUAUUCGUAUUUGCAUUUCUACCAUGCAGAAGAUUAUUCUGGCCAAGGGGAUAGACUACAAGGGAGCUCAGCAUCUGAUUGACUGUUUAUGGCUUUUGAUGGAAGCAGGUCUGGAGGACCUAAAGGUCCUGCAAACAAUAACCCUCUUGGUGACAAGCAGUCCUGCUGUUCAGAAGGAAACCUUAGCCAAGUGCCUUGUGCUCUGCUUCCGUCUCCAUUUCACCAAGGAUGCUACUACAAAUAACACAGCAGCUGCAACAGUGCGACAGGUUAUGUCACAUGUUUUUGAACGGGUUGUUGCUGAGGAUCAAGAAAAUGUGAAAGAAAACCCCAAGGAUGAAGAAAGCCUUGAUGGUGAUAGUGAGAUUGACAUGGAAGAAUUGAAAUCUCCUUCAGGUCACCCUCCCACUGGUCUGCUGCCUGCUGCAGCUGAUGCCUAUGUGAUGUUCCAGGAUCUGGUUCAACUGGUGAAUGGAGAGUCCCCAUACUGGAUGCAGGGUAUCACAGAAAUGACCAGAACUUUUGGACUGGAACUCAUUGAGUCUCUGCUUACAGAUUUCCCCUCUAUCUUUUUUAUGGUCACACAGUGUGAAAUCUUUCUUUCGCUCAUCAUCAAGUUUUUGGACCCAGACAAGCCACCUUGGCAGCGUUCCCUUGCCUUGGAAGUGCUUCACCAAAUGACAAUUCAGCCAGAACUACUGGAGACUUUCUGUCGCUCAUAUGACAUGAAGGCUCAUGCAACAAAAAUUUGUCAGGAUAUCCUCACUUCCUUGGGUGCCUACACUCAGUCUCUUUUUGCAGCUCCACAGCUGAUCAUCUCUACAGUUAGUUCCCAGGCUUCACCAACAAUGGCCCAGGGAGUGCAAAAUUUGAAUCAGGGAGCAGGGAUGAUUGGAGGACUUCCCAUAGGACCUGGGAUCAGCCCCCAACCUGCAUUCUGCUUUCGUGGCAUCUGGUUACCCAUCACUUCCUCUUGGACAGCUGGUCAAGCCAAAUCUAUUUACUUGGAGAUGUUGGACAAGGCAGAGCCACCCUCUAUCCCUGAAGGUUAUGGUGUGACCCUAGCAUACCAGUGUGUCCUGGACACAGUGAGAUCUCUUGGGCUAAUCAUUCAAGGCGAGAGCAAAGUCCCUCAGUCCUCUCCUGGGAAACUAGACGAAGCACCUGAAGCAAAGGUGCCAAAGGAUGAAGCGAGAGAGGAACGCAAGGAUAUGUGUACAGCACUUCUCAAUUCCACAUGGUGUGGCCUCCUGUCUGCGCUCACAUUACUUCUCGAAGCCAGCACUGAAGAGUCAGUGACUGAGAAUCUUCUGAAAGCCCUGGAAUCAUAUGGAAGCCUUUGUGGAAAGUUGGGUGUGAAUCAGGCACGUGAUGCCUACCUGAUCGCCAUCUGUCGUGCAUCCCUGCCUCCCCACUACCUCCUCUCCGUCCUAAAUACCCAGAUGCCGGGCAUGCACAUGGGAUCUAUCAGUGGACAUCGAGCUUUGCAGAGACAUGGAAGUGGUGGUCAAGAUAGUGGUCUUGGGAAUAACAGCAUGGCAGGGGGAGAGAAUGAGCUCCGACAUCAGGUUGUAGCUGUGGGACCUCCCCUGCCAACUGCCUCUCUGAUACUAGGAGCUCACCAGGGUCCUGUGAUGCUUACUUCAAAGAACUUGCAAUGUAUGAGAGCCAUCCUGAGUGUUGCUCAUUGUCAUGGGGAUGUGCUUGGAACAGGGUGGCACAUCAUCCUUGCCACGCUUCAGCAUCUGGUAUGGAUCCUGGGCCUGAAACCAUCUACUGGUGGAAGCCUGAAAGCCUCAAGAGGCACGGCAGCAUCUGACGGAAAUGCUGUCAUCACGACAGCAGUCAUGGCUGAUCUCCCCAUCCUGUCAGCCAUGUUGAGCCGUCUAUUUGAAACCAGCAAGGACCUUGAUGAGGUUGCUCUUCAUCACUUGAUUGAUGCCUUGUGCAAGCUGUCUCAAGAGUCUAUGGACAUGGCUCUCACUAAUCGGGACCCUUCACUGUUUGCUGUUGCCAAACUCCUAGAGACAGGUGUAGUGAACCUGGGCCGAGUUGAGAGCUUGUGGCGACCUCUAACCUCUCACCUCUUGGAAGUGUGUCAGCAUCCACAGACGAAGCUUAGAGAGUGGGGUGUGGAGGCAAUCACAUGUCUUGUCCAAAAAGCCAUCCAGCAUCCCUACAAACCCCCUCUAAAGGAGAACCAGAAGCUGCAAGGCAUGUUGCUGAGCCCACUACAAGAGCUAUCCUCUUACCCACACCCUGAUGUAAGACAAAAGCAACUUGAAUCACUGUUGCACAUUCUUCAUGCUUCGGGGGAGUCCCUCAUUUUCGCCUGGCCUACCAUCCUGUCUAUCAUAGGAUCAGUUCAUGAAACUCACAGUGAGCAGUUGGUGAGGCUGGCCUUCCAGUGCCUUCAGCUAGUGGUGACAGAUUUCCUCCCAGCCAUGCCCCACUUCUGCCUCCCUCUCACCGUAGAGACAGCAGCUUGCUUUGGCCGUCAGACCCAAGAGCUCAACAUUUCUCUUACUGCAAUUGGCCUCAUGUGGAAUAUCUCAGAUUACUUCUUCCAAAAUCAAGAGAAGCUGAGAGAUUCUUUGGCAUCUGAUGGGAAGGUGUUUCCUGAAUUCCCUGGUGUUCCCAAUAUGCCUCCCUUUGACAAGCUGUGGAUGUGUGUCUAUACACAGCUGGGUGAGCUUUGUGUGGAUUCAAGGCCUGCUGUUCGCAAAUCUGCUGGCCAGACCCUGUUCUCAACCAUUUCUGCACAUGGAGGACUUCUGCAACAAUCCACAUGGCAAGCUGUUCUUUGGGAGGUCCUGUUCCCUCUCCUGGAGAAUGUGAGGACUCGUUCAGGGGUGGCAAGCAGUGAGAAGAUGGAAACCUCAGGGAAGUUGCUGAUUCAUCACUCAAGAAACACUGCCCAGAAGCAGUGGGCAGAGACACAGGUCCUUGCUCUCUCAGGUGUCUCCCGUGUCUUCAACACCAAGCGACCCACCCUCCAACAGAUCGGAGACUUCCCCAGGGCCUGGGCUCUCUUGCUUGAGUACAUUGAGGCUGCUGCCCUCAAUCGUAAUAAUGAAGUUUCCCUGGCAGCUCUCAAGGCCUUCACAGAAAUCCUCAAUGUUCAUCGGUCAUCAUUACUGGGUCCUGAUGGGACAAGUGACAAAACAAAGGGAAAAUCCUGUUGGUGUACUGCCUGGGAGGUGUGGCUUCACAUUGGUACCGAGGCAACCAAACCUCCAUCAGAUGAGGAACUGAAGGAGAACUCAGCCAAGGAGCUGUUUGUUCCCACACAGACAUAUCUCACAGCCCUCAUGCACAUCUUCCCGCUUCUCUUCUCCAAUAUACGUGAAGAAUUCAAAGCAGGAGAUCUGGAGCGACUGUGUGCCGUCAUGGAAGGAACGCUUCAUGUACCUGUUCAUGGGGAACAGUCAGCCUUUAUCCUUCCCUUCCUGACGGAUGCAGUAUUAACUCCACUUCAGGAUGCCAUCCUCCAGGGAAUGGAUCUCCUGCUUCAGGAAUCACUAAGCAGCAAGGAGAACAAAUGGUCUGAGCUCCUCCCUCUGCUGCAUAGGCAGUUCCUUAGAUUUGGCAUGAUGGCAUGUGACAUCCCUCUGUUCGGCUCCCUCCCAACCAGACCGGUUACAGAGAUCAAGGGUGUCUCAAGUGAGUGGGUGACCAUGAAUCAGGUGCCUUUUGGUGAGAAAGCUCUGACAAUGGAGCUAGAUGUUUACAAGAAGACAGCUCAGCGACCCUCUGUGAUCCAGGCUCAUAUCCUUGAGUCCAUCAUUGAAACACUGCAAGUGCCUUUGUCCCGGAAGUACAGCUGUGGUUCUCCCUCUCUGUGGAGACUGGCUCUAAACAUCCUCUUGCAGUCUCUCAAGGUUGGCCUACCUUUGGCAUGGAAACAUUCCAAUGAUAGUGAGAAAAUUUGGGAGCUUGUCCCACAGGUUUUUGAGGCCUUCCUGUUCACACCAGAACCAGGCCAUCCUGACUCAGGUGAGGGGCGAACAUCCCAAGCGGGGAAUUCUGCCACAGAUGAAUUGCUGGACUGUGAAGUGAUAGAGUUCAUCCGAGAGGAAAUCCUCCCAAAUGCUGAUUUGACCCCAAAGGCCUUCCUAAUAUUGCUUAAGUACCCAACAAAGCAAUCAGUAAUGAUUUCAUUUGAUUACAGGCAAAGGACAACUGAAGUCCAGUUGGUCUUGAAAGCUCUCUGUGCCUUGCUCUCAUCUCUUAGAAAGGCUCCUCCUAAGAAAGUUUCAUCUGGAACAUGGCAACAAAUCAUUGAUGUCUACCCACAUCUGGUGGAUUGCAUUGACAUCCAGGAGCCUAGAGUCUCUGCUGCCUUGAAAGAUGCACUCAAGGAAUUUCAUCACCUUCUUUCUCCACCUCAGAAUGCACUCAAUAACCUGUGAACCUCAAUUAAAGUGUUCAUACCCAUUGUCACCCCAAGUCUCUCUCAAAAAAGGCAGGUUUUCAAGAAUCAGAUUCACUCUCCCUCCUAUAUUUUUGCACUGAUUGCAUUCAAUAUGCCAAUUAUUGUGCUUUAUAAAUUCAUUAUUUUUUUCCUUGCACAAAACCUAAAAAUACUGGGUUGCUGCAGGUGCAUCAGACAAUUUUCCAUUGAAGAAUUACUCCCAUGUUUUGCAGAAAGAAUGCCAUGAACUUUCUUUUCUCUUGCCAAUAUAAAUCAUUGGCCAGGUGCCCUACAUGUACCAGUGUUUUAUAAAGGUUCACGUGCUCCUUAAAGUCAAAAUAUUAUCAACAUUCCACAGAAAAGUCACUACUUUUGAUUCCUAGACUGAAUUUCCCUUUGAGAGGAGCAUAUCAACUUUAUCUCAAGAUGGUGUUCAUUUCCACAAAACUUAUGCAUGAUUGGUAUGAGUUGUGAUUGCUUCAGGAUUUUAUGUUAUUGUGUUAGUUUUAUUGAUGGCACUCUGCAUUGAGUUGAUAGCUGGAUCCCAGCCAGGAAUGUGUUAGCAUUGUUGAUCUCUACUGUUGAGGCUCAGGAGUCAUUUUCUCUUGAAAUUGAAUGGUGAUCUGCAAUUGUUGGAAUGAAGUUUAUGCCAUUGCAGAAUUGAAUAAUAUAUAUAUAUAUUAUUGUUAGAGGUUGAAAAUGAAGGAUGCAACAAAUAAAGAC